AUGCAGCGAAUACAGAUUUUGCUUUCGAAUAAUGUAUAAAAUAUUUUGAAUCAUAUUGAAUUAAAAACUAAUUAAAUAUAUAUUAAAUUAAUUUCUUAAAAUAUUUAUCAAUAUGGAGAACGGAAAAGUGGAUAAAAAUCAGUAUUGUCUGGGUUGUUUGGGCCGAAACGAUGAAUUUAAUUUACGGUCCUAUAAAUUUCGAAAUGAAUUCUUUAAAAGCCUAUUUCAGGUGGAAUGUGUUCUUCUCUGCUAUAUUUGUAAAUGUUUAUUUCAAAAAUCGGAGCAAUUCAUCCAGAAUGUUCAGAGUAAUCAAAUAUUUAUGUCGAAUGUGAAUGUUGCAGAUUCAACAAUCCAAAUGGCAAGAAUUGAGUUUACACCAUCAAUUGCACUCUCAACGGUAGAAAUAGAUUCAAUAGAACUAACUGGCAAUAAAGAAGAGAUUGUUGAGCCAGUAUUUGUCACAUACAGUAGAUGUAAAAGUAAAGAUAUUAAAAUCAAAUUAGAGUUAAAGGAAGAAGAGGAGGAUCAUUUGGAGGGGGUGUUCAUUGAUGAUAAUGAAUCAUAUCUGAAGGGUGAAGAUGAUUUCCCACUAAAAACGUUAAUAAAAGCAGAGAGUGCUGAUCUAUUGGAUGAUAUAAGUCUUAAACAAUUGAGAAAGACAUUGAAAAAGAGUAGAGUUAAAAAGAGAAAUGAAAAAUCAGAAGAAGAACUAGAAAAUAUUGAUAAUGUUAUUAACGUUAUACAUAUAACGAGGGAACAAUGUUUGAGAGAGCGCAGUCAGAUGAUCAAAGAUCCAAAGUACAUGAACUCCGUGUAUAAAUGUGAACAUUGUAUAAAGGGGUUCACAUUUAAAGAUUCGUAUGAAAAACAUCUGGAGAAACAUGAUAAGUCGAUUGGGGAAUACGAAUGUGACAUUUGUAAACAGAGGAUGGGUACCAUGGACAAACUCUUGAGUCAUCAGAGAUACCAUAGGGUACGCUACAAAUGCAGCGAGUGUGACCUCACCAGAAUCAGUCGGUUAACAAUAAAGGAUCAUUACACAGCGUUUCAUCUCCAAGACACCUUCCAAUACAGAUGUUCACAUUGCAACAAAUUGUUUAAACGUCAAGUGUCACUGAGGAAGCACGUAGCGUACGCACACGUACGACAAAAACGGGCGAAGUGCAAGUACUGUCAGAAGACAUACGCGAAUAAGGAAGUUUUAAAGUCACAUAUGAUCGGAAAGCACUCUACAGAGGUAACGUCAGGAGAAGUCUCGUUAAAGAAGCACGUCUGUCAAGAUUGCGGUGCGGCUUUCAAAGCGCCCUCGCAGUUAAAGAAUCAUAUGAUCAAGCACUCGCUGAGCAGGAAUUAUCAUUGUGUCGAGUGUGACAGGAGCUUCAAGUCAUAUAACGCGUUGAAACAACAUUUGAAAGUCGCUGCGCCCCACGUCAACUACAUGGAGCUACCGUUUGUCUGCGAUCACUGCGACAAGAGGUUCGGCGUGCGGAGGGAUCUGGAGCGUCACAUGAAUCGAGUUCAUCUCAAUAUUAAACCUUACCAGUGCGAUAAAUGUAAUAAAGCGUAUGUCAACGGUUGGUCGCUGACGGAGCACAAGCGCUUCACACACGAGGGUCACAAGAGACCGUUGAAAUUUCCUUGUCCUCUAUGCGAUAAGGUUUUUGAUCGCAACGCGACCCGCAAAGCUCACAUCCGGACUCACACAGGCGAGCGACCGUACUCCUGCAGCAAGUGUCCCGCGAAGUUCAGUCAGGCCAGUGUGCUCGGAACACACGUCAAGCUCGUGCACCUCAAGUUAACAAGAGACGGACGACCAAAAGCACCUCUAGCUGUCAAAUAAAUAAAAAAAAAAAACAAACGAAGUGUAAUAGAUUGUA